AUGAAGGACCGGCUAAACGAGCUGCGUGAACUUGCCAGGGUACACAACCAACAGUUUUCUGAUACUGAGGAUGAUGAAAAUUCACCCCAUGAUGUUCUCCUUUAUGAGACUGAUUAUGCCUUGGAAAUUCUUCAUAAAGACAUACAGAAUGUCCGGACAGAAAAUGACCGCCUAAAAGAGGAUGUCAAGCGGCUCAGAAAGCAAAACAGCCGCUUCCUUACUUCCAUGCGCCGUCUUAGUAGCAUCAAACGAGAUACUAACUGUAUUGCCAGAGACAUCAAGGCCCGCGGAGAAAGCAUCCACAGGAAACUUCAGAUACUGAGAGAUUUCAGUGAAGAUGCAAUAACAAAAUAUGGGGCUAUGUCUGUCAUUGCCAGGGUAGCAAAGAACCACUACGUUGAUCUCAUGCAUGCCUUUCAGGAAGCGAUGUUUGAAUACAAUGCAACAGAGAUGAACCAACGGGAGAACUGCAAGAUUCGAAUUCAGCGGCAGCUAGAGAUCAUGGGCAAAGAUGUUUCUGGCAACCAGAUUGAGGAGAUGAUUGAGCAAGGCAAGUGGGACGUCUUCUCUGAGAAUCUCUUGUCAGAUGUUAAGGGGGCUCGCUCAGCCUUGAAUGAGAUAGAGACACGGCAUAAAGAACUGGUGAAGUUAGAAGGUCGCAUUAAGGAAGUUCAUGAACUCUUUCUGCAGGUGGCCCUACUAGUGGAGGAACAGGCGGACACCUUCAACGUCAUUGAGAUAAAUAUGCAAAAUGUUGAGGACUAUGUAGGAGAAGCUAAAGAGCAAGUGAAAAAAGCUUUGGAAUACAGGAGAAAACACCCCCUCAGAACAAUCCUCUGCUGCUGUUUAUCCUGUUGCAGAAGGUGA